AUGGGCAUUCUUAGCAUGAUUGGCUUCUUCUCCGUACCCGCAACAUCUCCGCGCCAUAAACCGUCACAUCUGCGCUAUACAAAGAAGAGAGCGCAGCAGCUAGCUAAGCCCCUCCAAGCAUCCGCAGCAACAACCCACGUGCGUUGCAACGGCCACCUUCGCCUCCUCCUUCCUGCAACACUCCAUCGCACGACAGCGGCACAAACUGAAACCACCGCCCCGGCAACCUCCUGCACCGCAUCUCCCGCCCGAUCCACUGUCCGAUCCACCUGCCUCAUCGUAGGCACGGAAACCCUGGGAACAAGAUCAACGGCCCGGUUCCCCAUCCCAACCACAUCGUGGCCCUCGCAGGCGCGGUUGAGUGCCUCUUUGGCCUGUUGCGAUGCCUCGGACAUGAGAUCCUGGAGUGUGGAGCCCAGCGCCGGCCAGUCUAUUGUGCUUGGGUGGCGGAGGUAG